GGUUUGAUUUACCUAAAAUGAAAUUAAUUGUGGCAAUCAAAUAAAGGAAUGAUUUAAGCAUAUUUUCAUAAACUGGAUGAUCCUAGUCCAUUUUCAUUAAUGGGUAAAGACUAAAGGCCAGAACCCGGUCUUAUUUUCUUUUCCUUGUCACUAGAAAAUUUCUACUAGCUUUCCCGCUCCCAAUUUCACAACAGAAUUUAGGGUUUAGGGUUUUAUUCAGCGCUUUCCAAGUACAGUCACUCCAAUUGAAUUUAGGGUUUAGGAUCUCUGGGGUUUCACAAUGAUGUACGGUGAUCCACAACAGCAGCAGCAGAACCAGCCGCACCUGCAAGCUGGGGAGUUUCAGAGAGGUCCUCCGCCUCCGCAAAUGAUGCGGCAGCCAUCUGCAUCUUCCACUACUCUUAACUCAGAGUACCACCACCCUGGUGCUCCUCCUCCUCAGAUGCCGCCUUAUGACGCUCAUGGUGACAAUUUUGCUGCGAAAAGAAUGAGAAAGCUGACUCAAAGGAGAGCUGUUGAUUAUACUAGUACUGUUGUGCGAUAUAUGCAGGUAUUUUUUUCAUGUUUAGUUGUUUUCAUAAGCGUUUUUCUUUCUAUAUCUUUCAAUAAGUUGUUGCAUGGUCAGAUUGGUAACUCUGAUUAACAUCGAUGCUUAUGUUUGUUCUUAGAUGGCUUAAAUGUCUCUUCAUUAUUGUGCUUGUUGGCCUUCUCUUUAUCAAUAUGGGCA